AUGUCGCCGGCGGCCGUUGGUCUGCAGCAGCUUCCUCAUCAUGAAGAACACCGGCAGGCGGAGAUCACCGUCGUCCAGUUCUCCGACGAGGCUGUCGACAAGAUCAUAACGAGAUACAGAGAGAUGCUGCGGCCGGCCGAUGAGAGGGUAGGGGAGGAGCUCCGGGGAUGGCUGAUGGUGCUGGCGACGCUGACGGCCUCCAUCACCUACGCGGCGGCGCUCAACCCUCCCGGCGGCGCCUGGCAGGCCGACGACGCCGCCAACCACUUCGUCGCCGGCUACCCGGUCCUCCGCGACAAAUCGCCGUGGCGGUAUUUCGUGUUCUACUACUGCAACGCCACCUCCUUCGCGGCGUCGCUGUGCAUCAUCGUGCUGCUCGCCGUCACCAAGCUGUUCACCGAGACCAAGAUCAUGGUGUUCAGCGUGCUCGUUGCUCUGGACAUGGUCGGCCUGGCCGCCGCGUUCGUCGCCGGCUCGUCGAGCAGUAAGUGGUUUACGGCGUUCAACGCUGCGCUCAUGAUUUGCCUUGUCGUGCUGUUUCUCUUUUGGAAACGAAGGUGCCUGAUGGUGGGAACUUGCUGCUUGAAGAGCUUCAAGCAGCUUAAAGUUCAGAUAUUGGAUACUGUAGCACAUAAACAAGUGGCGAUACCUAUCGAACAACUGCUCGGCAUCCACAAUAUGCCCAUGGAAGGGUGGUGGUAG